CCAGCCUGCCGUUUAUGUCCUGCGGUCGAGGAUGAGCAGCAUUUUUUCUGGUCCUGUCCCGUGAAAGCACAAGUGUGGUCGACCAUCAGCGUGCGCUUCCUUGUCGACCAUGGGUCUUUGACGUUUGAUCACAUUAGGUCUCUCAACACCUCCCCGCUCACGGUCAAGCCAGAGUUCAAACUGUCCUUCAUAUGUAUCAUCGCCACUACCAUACUCCACAUAUGGAACUCCCAUUGGCAUCAAGUGUUUCAAGGAUCAACCUUUUGGCCCGACGGUGUAGCAGCCCGCAUUACAUUAGCGCUUCGUAGGAUACAUACUAUUUCAUAG